AUGGCCCAUUUCCCUGGCAACACAGUUAUCGACGUCUUCCGCAAUAUCUGCUCGUCUGAAUACUCGGACUGCGACGCGUUGAAAUGUGGAGAAGACAGAUGGACCUACGCAGAAUUGGAUUCUAUCACAGGCAACCUCGGUCGACAAUUUGAAGAGAAAUACGGGCUUCGUCCAACCAUCGCCCUUAUUGGCGAAAAACAUCCCUAUCUUUUUGCCUCUUUACUCGCAGUCUGGCGUAUCGGGGGCAUAGUCGCGCCUAUCGACCAUCAUGCACCAAAGCACAUGUUGGAGGCCAUGCUGCGUAUCGUAAAUCCUGGAGUGGUUGUGGUUCCUUCGAAUGUUAUCGCCACUCAGACCGUGGUCAAAGAACUGUCUAUUCCUCUCCAUAUUUUCGAUGUUGAGGGUAACGCAAUCGCCAAUUAUAAGCCGCCGCAUACACAGGAUAGCAAAACCGUCUUUACUGGUCGCUCCGACCCUUCGGACACAUGCCUUCUCGUCUUCACCUCUUCAGCAUCUGAUAUCUCCAAUCUUAAGUGCGUACCGUUGACGCAUGCUACGGUUAUUGACCGUUGUCGGUCACAAGUCUCUUGGUUGAAGAAGACUUUCUCUCAUCAAUCGUUUGAUUGCCUCCGCAUCCUUGGCUGGUCCCCGUGGUCCCAUGCUAUCGGGCUGAGCCACGACAUUGGAGCUUGCACUAUUCUGACCGCAGGAUGUUACAUCUUCGCAUUAAUGCCAUCUGGAUAUAAAACGGCACAUCAGAAAAUGACGGGGUCUCGGAAUUUAGCCGAACUUCUUUUAGAUGCGAUAUUGGAGGAGAAAGCGGAUGUUUUUACCGGGGUCCCUUGGUUUUUUGAGGUUCUCAGGGACGGUUGGGCGAAGGAGGCUGAUGUCGCUCGUCAAGCGCGUAUUACGGAGUCUCUGAGAAGCUUCAAGACUUUAGCUGCUGGCGGUUCCACGAUGAAUGCAGAUGUGUUAGAAUGGUCGCGACAGCUUGGGUUGCCCUUGGUUCUGGCAAUUGGAAUGACGGAAUUCGGAGGUCCGUUGUUUCACGGGUUGCCACCCCAAGUUAAGGACGAAAUUGGCUGGGAUAUUGAUGAUUGUCUUAUUUCGGACGCCAGUCUAUACAUCGACGACAAGGAUAGCGCAGAGAAAGGAACAGGCGAAUUAUGGAUUACCAGCAAGACUAUUGCUAAGGGAUAUCUAUACUACGAUUCAUCGGCAUUUACGGCAGACGCCGAAGGUAGAAUUACCUUCCAUACAGGCGACAUAUACACCAGGACGUCUCAGAACAGAUUGGUUUGGAAAGGCCGAAAGGAGGACUUCAUACAGCUAGAUUCUGGCGAAAUCAUGGACCCAAGGAUUCACGAGAAAUCGUUUGAUGACAACCCGGUUGUCGCCCGGUCAUGCAUCGUUGGGAACAAUUUUCUUCGUGACGCGUCCCAGUUUGUGUGCUUGAUCAUUGAACUCAUGCCAGAGACCGCGUUAACACAAGAGGUUGCAUACGAGGAGAUCAUAAAGACUGCGGCUACAGUCAAUAGAUCUUUGCCUCCUCCGUUACGCAUACUGUGGAGUCGCAUUGUUAUACUUGGAGCAGGUUCAUCGAUUCCGUUGAACAGGAAACACCUCAUCUGGCGUAAGAGGCUUGAGAGUCUAUUUGGGGAUCUUGUCAAAGAGUUACCAUCUGCGCCUUCUCCUACAGCUACCUCCUCUCAACCCGCCGGAUCUUGGACCGCAGAUACCGCGAAAGACAUUGUGAUCCAGUCUGUGUCGAUGGCAUUAGGAUUAUCUGAGGAUAUCCUCCUCGCGCACGCUGAUGCAGGUUUUGCUGAGCUUGGAAUGGAUUCUGCCAUGGCAAUGAUGAUCAUCAAUUCCGUAAAUCGCCGACUGAACCUUGAUCUUCCUCUUAACGCUUGUCACACAUAUAUUGAUCUCGAUUCCUUGAUUCAUGCAGUUCACGCGAAGCUCGGACUUGUUGAUGUCCCUAAAAUUAGUCCCUCGCAGGAUCGUCCUGUCUCGAAGUCAAUUGAUGAGGUAGUAGUCGUUGGUCAGGCUAUGCACCUUCCUGGAGAUAUCAAUGACGCAGAUUCGUUCUGGAACGCCCUCGUAGACAAGCGUGAAGACCUCAUUAUUCCGAUACCAUCUGACCGAUGGGACCAUAAAGGAUUCUAUACGAGCUCUAAACCGACUCGUCCUUGCGACAUCACGUUUGAUAAAGCGGGUUUCGUUGAUUAUGCCAGCUUCGACAAUAGCUUCUUUGGUAUCAGCUCUGCGGAAGCAUUAUUUGUGGCGCCGUCUAUCCGGCUAACCCUGGAGGCUGCGUUUGAGGCUCUAGAGAACGCCAAUAUUCCCCCGUCACACGUCAAGGGUACUGAUAUGGGUGUUUUCGUUGCGACUGGAUUGGAUGAAGGUUACCAACAGCUUCUGUUUCUCGACCAAGGCUAUGCGGCGUAUACUCGUUAUUAUGGCACUGGUAUCGCCAAUAGCACUGCUUGUGGUAGAAUCAGCUAUCUUCUGGAUGUGCACGGACCUUCUAUAGCAAUCGAUACUGCAUGCAGCGGCAGCCUUGUUGCGCUUGACCAAGGUUUGGCAUCCGUCAAUUACUUGAACGCCGGAGGAGAGUCUGCCAUUGUAGUCGGCGUGAACACACAUUCCUGGCCAGGAACCUUUGGCUUUCUUUCAGCGCAACAGAUGACGUCCACAAAAUCCCGAUGUGCAACAUUCACUGACGAAGCCGACGGAUAUGUUCCUUCUGAGGCCGUUGUAGCAUUAAUCCUUAAAACCCGUCAAGCUGCCCUGCGUGACGACGACAAUAUCCUUGGUAUCAUCAAGUCCACAAACACGCUUCAUAAUGGUCGUAGCCAGGGUAUGGUUGCGCCCUCAUCUUCGGCACAGUCGUUGUUGCAGAAAUCGCUCCUUAGCAAGGCUUCGAUAAAACCGUCAGAUAUCGACUUUAUUGAAGCACACGGCACUGGAACAUCGCUCGGAGACUUGAUCGAGAUAGAAGGGAUCAACGAUGUGUUCAAGAACAGCCACACCACGGGGCGUCCGUUGGUUAUUGGAGCAGCAAAAAGCUGCGUGGGACAUACGGAGACAAGCUCGGGUCUAGUCGGCAUGGUAAAGGCGUUAGCGUCUCUUUCUCGUCGAUCUGUGCCUGGCUUGACGCAUUUAACUGAGUCAAACCUGAAUCAAAAUAUAGACUGCUCUCUCAUUCCCAUGCACAUACCCUAUCAAAGUGUGGAAUUGCCAAAGAGAAUUGGUUCAUUGCGUGCUCUUGUCCUAGCAUACGGAUUCGCUGGUACCAUCGCCGGUGCUGUAAUUGAAAGUGCUGAGCCUCGAGAUGAAUGUCCGGGUUCAAUAACGAGCUCCGAAAGCAUGCUCUUCGUUGUGAGCGCCAAGUCAGAAGUGGCACUAAAGUCUUACAUCCAAAAAUACAUCGACUUCUGCGUAUCGGUAGGAGAGGAACGAUUCAAAUCCAUCUGUUAUACCAGCUGUGUCGGGAGGGAGCACCAUCGGUUCCGGUUUGCUUGCGUUGUAAGCACGAUGGACGAGUUAAUCGAGAAAUUGGAGGAUCGGUUAACUAGCAGCGUCGAAACUCGUCCAUCAAAUCCAAAAACCAUCUUUGGCUUCUCAGGACAGGGAUCACAGUAUGCUGGGAUGGCUCGUGACUUAGCUGCGGGCUUCAGAGGAUUCCACGCUGUGCUCAGAGAGCACUGUGAUGUUGCGCUUCGCUAUUGUGAAUUUUCGGUAAUGGAUAUCCUGGUUGACGGUAAUUCUAUAGAGGAUCGCGAUAUUAACGACAGUGGAGUUGGUCAAGUCUGCACAUUUGUCUAUCAGUAUAGCGUCUGUGUUUGGCUUCAGUCUUUGGGAGUAUGUCAUCAGGCUGUGGUUGGCCACAGUUUAGGGGAAAUUGCCGCUGCAGGCAAGUCGUUUUUCUUGCCGAUAAUUUCGUUAUCUCUGACUGGCCAAUUAGUUAUCGCAGGGAUAUUCGAUUAUGAACAGGGAAUACGUUUCGUUGUUCACAGAGCACGUCUUUUGAAGCCUAGAAAACAACAUCUGGGCGCUAUGGCCGCUAUUGCCACUAACGAGAGUAUAAUCCGUCGACACUUGAACAAAUUAGGCAUUUCGGAGUCAAUGGUGAUAGCUGUAUUCAACGGUUCUGACUCUCACGUCGCCUCUGGUGAAGCAGAGUCCGUCAAGAAGUUGGUCUCUGCUGUGAAAAGAGAUGGGAUAAGAGCCACAAAUCUCAAUGUGGAUCAAGGCUUUCAUAGUCCAUCCAUUUUUCCGGCUUUAUCGGCCUUGGAAGAGACUGUCCGCGAGCAAGAAUUGCCCCGUCGACCAUUACAAGUCCCAAUGUUUUCGACCGUUACGGGCAGACCGAUCCGUGCCCAGAGUGUUUUGCCUCCAACAUAUUGGGUCGAUCACGCUAGAAAUCCUGUACUGUUUUCCCAGGCGCUGGAGGAAUUGCAAAGGGACAAAUCAAUCAAUACUGUGCUUGAUAUUGGGCCCCAGCAGACAUUCUGGGGUUUGUCUCAGGGUCUCGUUGACAAGGUGAAGAUCUCCGUCUCAGGGAAGAAAGGUACCAAUCAAGAGAUGGCACUCCUCAAAGGAUUAGCAAGCCUAUAUCAAAAUGGCGCUAGCCUUGAUCUCGCCAAACUAUACGCGGAGCGGCCGUAUGCGCACUUGAAAACUGACAUUCCGACAUAUCCCUUUCAGCGUCAACGCCACUAUCCCUCUUUUAUACCCACUUACGACAACUUAGGCGACUCUCCAUCCUCAGUCUAUGCUAACGGUAAAGGCGCGGGAAACGAGAUCUUUUUAAUCCCUGACAGUCUUCGUGUCGUAUUGGAUGAUCACCGGAUUGAAGGUCGUCGAGUUGUUCCAGCAGCGGCGUUAGCGAGUUUCUUCAUCUCAUUGUCGAGGAAUACAGCGCGUUCGUUGAAGAGCAUACGAUUUCAUCGGCCUCUCAUCGUGGAUGAGGACGUCCACGUAGAAGCGCUAUUAGAUCAAGAUGGGGGUUUCACUUUAUACCAAGGGAAGACGUUCCAAGAACAUGAGAAGGUCUGCUCAGGACAAUUUUCCCCCUCGCCGGAACCAUACCCAUACAAGCAGUGGCCGUCAGAUAUUCCGCCAAACGAGGUCAUCGAUCAGGUCAAGGUCUAUAGUGCCUUCAGACACAUUCAUUUCGGCAAAACCUUCCGCAAUAUCACUCGGUUUGACGUAUGGAAUGAUCGUGUGGAUGCGUCUAUCGUGGUCGAAGCUUCGGUGCGCUAUCCUGAGUACGAUUAUAUCCGAAAAUUGGACCCUUGUUUGCAUAUGUUCGGCGUAUUUACCACUCUAUUGGGGGAUGCUCCUCCCACGGAACGGACAGAAGGAUCUUUUCUGCCGUCUUCCCUCGAAGGCUUAACGUUUUACACCAACGACUUUCCUGAUAGCUUUGUUUGUCGCUAUCAUCUGCCGAUUAGCAUGGAGAGAAAUGACCACGUUAUGGUUGUCAAAUUCGACGUCCUUUCCAACGAUGGGGAGCUUCUCGCAUCCUGCAAGAAGUACUCAGUUGCCUGGAUUCCUGUAGGAACGAUCAAUCAAACGGCUGCUCCGUCCACAAAUGAAGGAACCAUUCCCAGGUACUGGUUCAGUAAUGUAUGGGUACAGAGAGAUGUAGCGUGUACAGCGCCCGCUUCUUCCGUUCUGGAUUCUUCGCUCUACAUCAGUCCAACACCUCAUGCGCCUUUACUGAAAAAACUCGCCAAAACUACAUCGGAACUAGCUUAUGCCGACUUAGCUAACUACAAACGGUGGGCGAUAAUUCAGGGCACGAGCUUUAAUCCUUCAACUCUCAUUUUUUUCGAUGUGGAUGUUCCCAUGGCGAAGACAAGGUCUAUCAUAAUUGAUGUGACCUCGUUUACCAAUGACCCUCUUUCGAGCACCUUUUCAGCGUAUUGGAGACCGCUUCUUCGGUUGAUGAAGGCGCUCAUGACAGGAAAGAUUAGCUAUGAUAAUCUCAUCGUCCUUUCCUCCGGCUGUACGGGCAAAGGAGAUUCUUUCUCUGCAGGUGCUGUUAUCCAAGGGAUGAUCCGAGUCUUCCGUCGAGAGGCUGGCUCACAAGAUAUCAUCUGGGGAUUGGAUGUCCCUCCAAGUCUACCAGCUGCCGAGAUUAUCAACCUCAUUGCACGUGAAUUAGAACAGAGGCCGUUACGGAGGGUUAAAGAUAGCUUCGUUUCUGUGCAUUAUGAUGCAGAUCAAGGCAAGGUCUUCGAGUUCGUACCAGGACUACAACAUCUAGAAGGUGACGAAGAUGCUACCUUUGAGGGUGUGACCAUCAUCGUCGGACUUGGCAGUAUCGGGUCGGCGCUGGCGUCUCACAUAGCGAAAGCGGGCUCGCAUACCAUCGUAUUCAUUGGUCGACGCUCAAGAGAAACGGUUCGUGUAAUCAAAGAACUUUCGAAGAUAUCCUCAGUAUCUUCGACAGUAGAAUACCUUCAGGCUGAUGCUUCGAACAAGGAAGCUCUUCGUCAAGUUCUGCUUGAAAUUCGCAGCCGGUUUGGCGCCGUUCGAAAUAUCAUCCACACCGCUGGAGUCGUUCGAGACGCGAUCAUUCCAAAUGUCACUGAACACGAUUUUGAGCAAGUUCUGAAGCCAAAAAUUGACGGGGCGUGGAAUCUACAUGUCUUGUCCCUUGAACUGGGUUUAACAAUUGAUCAUUUCGUACUCCUAAGCAGUAUCAGCGUUCCUUUAGGAAAUAUUGGUCAGAUAGCCUACGUCGCGGCGAAUUCAUUCCUGGACUACCUUGCGACGUAUCGCCAGACGCUAGGAUUAUCAGCCGUCUCCCUCCAGCUAGGCGCAUGGGAGUCUAAUCUCAUCCAGAACCUCGACAUUUCUAAGGGUCUCGUGAAGCCUCUUAGCCACGUGGAAGGUAUCCCGAUAAUAAUGAAGGCAAUAGGACACGCCAGAAAGCAUCCGGAUCCAGUCCAGGUUAUCGCAAAGUUUGACAUGGAAUUGAUGGGUGAGAUCCCGGGGUUGAAAGAGGACAGCAUGUUUGCGUCUAUCAUUGGUGACAUCGGCGGUAAUGUCCCUUCACUGGCGAUGACAAGCGAAGAAGCAGAGGAAAUCUUCAUUAAUAUUAUACGAGACGUCCUCGAGCUGAGAAAAGGGGAGCAUUUAGAUCUUGGAGAGUCUUUGACAGCCAGUGGGAUAGACUCGAUUGCUUUUGCACAAAUUCGUGGACGCCUGCUGAAGGAUACAGGUGCAGACAUUCCUAUGGUCUAUCUUUCGGACGUGUUCUCAAUGAGGGACAUGAUUACUAGUGUCUGCGAGAGGUUUGGCAGUAUAUAGACAUAAGGACGUGGCGAUUCUAGCUAUUUCAGAUGCAAAAAAAAAGACAAAAAGAAAGUGCUGCUUACCGUUGUCAACAUGAAAAUAACUGCACUAUUGUCUUUUAUAUAGCUCAGUGGUUAUACAUCAG